AUUGUUCCGAGUGUUCGUGGAAUUAUUCCCAUGACUCCGGCACCCGCUUUACCCCACACUUUCACGUUUGCACAUGAUGCUCAGGCUCUUUCGCUAAAUCUCUCGGUUUAACUGGUCAUGGCGAAGCUGUUGUGCGAACCCUUCGUUCUCGACCCCCGACCCGCCUACCCACUACGGAUUACUGCCAAACGGUACACCCUGGAGGGGAUUGUUUCUCGAGGCGAUGUUCAAUCGGCUCAGCCAGGUCUUACACUCAUUUUACUUCACGCUACUGGCUCCCAUAAGGAAGUAUGGGAAGUGACUGUGCAAUAUCUACUGCAGAAGGCCAAUCAGGAAAAUCUCAAAAUCGACGACGUAUUCUCUAUCGAGAGCCCUAGCCACGGAGAAUCAGCGGUCCUCAACGAGAAAGAACUACAUGACCUAUUCUCUGAUCGUUGGCCUCCGAGAGAAUACGCGAAAGCAGCCCAUAUAUUUCUGACAGCCGGAACUGACAAGGGAGCCAGAGUUGACUUUUCCCGUCGUCGCCUUGUUGGGAUAGGCCACAGCGUAGGGGCGUCUGCGAUGUUUUUGAUGAAGGAACUAUCUCCCACCGUCAAUUUCGAGUUCUUCAUCGCAAUCGAGCCCGGCAUCUCUCUCAAAGGAAAUCACCAUACCAACAUUGCUUCCCAAGCGUUGACCGCUUGGACGUGGCUUCGCCCUGACGUGUGGACGAGCAGAAAGUCAGCAAGAAAAGCUCUGGAGUCAUCAAUGGUUCAUUCCAUGUGGGACCCUCGUGUCCUUGACCUUUUCGUCGAAUACGGACUGAGGACGCACCCAGCUGCCAAGUACGACCCACCAUUCUCUUUCAACGGGGUAACAACCGCGUCUACGAAGGCUUUAGAAGCCGCCUCUUUCCGCAGUGAUGAACUGGUUGUGGACUCUCUCCAGGCGUAUACCGAAACUACUAGAGAGAGGGCGGUCCAUAUAAUAUGGGGAACUAUCAAUGACGUCAAAUCCCCGGAAACAAGAGACCUGCUUUCGGACGAGUCUUCAGGCAGGUCGCCUGCUUCAGUCAGAUUUGUUGAAGAUGCCGGACAUUUGGCAAGUUGCAUCAUUGACUAUGACAACGAUUCUCAUCAAGUGCCGUCCGCACAAUCACAGGUUGUUCAACAAAAGCCGGAAGCAGUUGCUGAUAUUAUCUUGGAUAUCAUUCAGAACAAACCAAUUCUCAAACUGUGA